AGUUGCCUUGUCCAGCCUUGAUGUGAUAGUAUGUUCCUGGUCUUUCUGUAAUGUUUGUCAAUGUCCCUGGGAGGCCUCCUUUUUUCUGAGGGGAGGGAGUGAAUGUGGGAGGAGUGGAGUGGAGGAAGGCUGUUGUUCGGGGGAAGGAGGAGAAACUGUUGGAACGUAAGGUAUCAGAGAAGAAAAAAAACAAGUUAAAAAAUUUAAAGUACGGGGGUGACAUUCAGCCGGUGGUUUGGAGAGACGAACCUUCCACCUUAGACCAUGGCCAAGUUCAUCCGGAACUUCGUGGAGAAGGCACUGUCAAUGGUGGCCGCUGCCGUGACUUACUCGAAGCCUCGAUUGGCCACAAUUUGGCACUACGCCAAGGUUGAGCUGGUUCCCCCAACCGCUGGUGAAAUCCCUACAGCCACUCAGAGCGUGAAAAAAAUAAUUCAAAGUGCCGAAGCUGGUGGCUUCAAACACCUUACAGUGAAGGAAGCCGUGCUGCAUGGUUUGGUGGCCACUGAGGUGUGGAUGUGGUUUUAUAUGGGAGAGAUCAUAGGCAAACGCGGCAUUGUUGGCUAUGAUGUUUGAAGACCAGUCUUUAACUUCCGAUUUGAGUUCUUAUAUGAAUGUUCUUGGAUCAUGCGUAAUGAGACUGCUAUCUGAAUAAAAUGCUAGCUGUGGGGAAAAAAUUUAAAGAUUGUCUAGAGGUUGGCAUAGGUAUGACCAGAGUCCAAUUGCAAUCGAUCUUGGCUAUCUUAGCUCCUUAGUAGGCAUUCGUUGUCUGUCUCUGUGUUUGCCCUAAUGGCUCUCAGAUGGUACCUUUUAGAUUGUAUUAGCUUAGACUACCAGAUUCAACCAAACCCAAGGCUAAGAAUGUCAUUAGAUAGCACCUGUCUUAGUUAGGGUUUUAUUGCUGUGAAGAGACAUCAUGACCAUGGCAACUCUUAGAAUGAACAACAUUUAACUGGGGCUAGUUUACAGUUUCAGAUGCUUAGUCCAUGGUCAUCAUGAAGGAAAGCAUGAGAGCAUUACAGGCAGACUUGGUGUCGGAGAAGAAGCUGAGGGUUCUACAUGUCGGUCUACAGAUGGCAGGAAAGUGUGUGCCACACUGAACAUAGCCUGAGCGUAGGAGACCUCAAAGCCCACCCCCAUAGUGACAUUUCUUCCAACAAGGCCACACCCACUCCAACAAGGCCACACCCACUCCAACAAGGCCACACCCACUCCAACAAGGCCACACCUCCUAUUAGUGCCGCUCUCUCUGGGUUAAGCAUUCAAAUAGAGUCUAUGGGGUCUAUACGUCCUAAAACCAACACAAUAUCUGAGACCAUUAGAAGAGUUCCCUCUCUGUGGUAACUCAUCCACCCAGGGAUUGGAUUUCCAUCAUCUUACUGAUACAGCCAAGUUGACAGACAAUGAAAACCAUCACGGAAAAGCAGCAGUUGAAGGAGUUCAGGAAAUCUUCCAGAUGUAACAUAUGUAGGAGGACUUUCGAGAACAUUCUGGACUCCAGAAUAGUGCAGGCUAUUGACAUUGCUCUUGGUUACCAACCGGGACUACAUGGUUAGGUCCGAUUGCUGAAGACACAGUGCACUUUAGUCCAUUUGAACUUUCUCCUUGCUGACUAGUUUUCAUAGUGCUAGAAAGCACUAUUUAGGCUCCUAGGGGAUAAAAGAGAUCAGUGGGCUUGCUCAGCCUUGAAUCUUGCAUAUUAUUGAUACCAACUUGUCUGGCAAGUAGUACCCACUCGUGGAAUGGCUGUUAUGAGGAUAGCUGGAUUUGAGGUCUGCUCCA